AUGCCACAGGAACUGGACUCCAUGGAAACUCAAAUUACUAAAGCAAAAUUUUCUGCCAUAGCAUCUCCAGAAAAGGAUGCAACUACCAAAAGAGCUAGAACUGCUAAGCAACAAGAUUACCCAAAACCUCCAGCAAAAGUGAAAACUGAUCCCACUAGCAUAGAAGAAUUGAAGCUUGCUCUGCAACCCAUCCAAACAGCAAUCCAAAGCUUCUCACUCCAACUUAAAACUUUAAGUGAAUCCAUAGACAGAAUCCUAACAAGAAUUGAUAAAACAGAAGCUAAAGUGUUUGACAAUGAGUUAAAAAUUGAUCAAUUACAAAAAAGAGCAAAAAAAUAA